AUGUACCCCCAAAAGGAAUUCCUAGCCAUGCUAAUCAGGCAAGAUCAGCGUAGAUAUAAUCGUCGCCAUUUUAAAAAACCUCGAAAGAGACCACUACCAUACGUCAAGCAGAAGAUGAAGACGUUCUUGGCAAUGUUCUUUGAAACUUCAUCGAUACAUGGUUUGAGCCAUCUCGUCGCCGCUGGAAGGCAUCCUUGUGAGAUCUUUCUCUGGCUCACAAUGGUGAUCAUAUCAGUAUGCGGCACCUUGUAUCUCUCGUCUGCCACCUGGGAACGCUACCAGUCGUCUCCUACGGUUGUGUCUAUGGAGCGUGACAUGCUUGCGUGGAAUACCACUUUUCCCUGCGUGACCCUCUGCCCUGAAGUGAAGAUCGAUUACAUGAAGUUGGAGCGUUAUGUAGAAAAAUCAAAUGUCGAAGACAAAGAAGCACUGAGGAACUUCAUCAAGGCAUUAGCAAACGCAACUUAUGACAACUUCGACACGGUGCCACAUUACGAUGGAAUUAAAUCUGAUGAUUAUUUGGAUCUACUCUUGGAUUUAUCUGCUCUGUUCAAACCGACUCUAACGACUAGCACUUCCGGAUUUGACCUACAAAUAAUGCCUACAAUUACAGAGAUGGGUCUUUGCUAUUCCAUUAAUUCAAAGGUUGCUGUUUACAAUUCACCUGAAUAUAGGAGAGCGAAUAGAUGGGACACUGUUGUAAAUAAAAAUCCUGUAUUUUUUGUUCAUCCGUUAGAUGGAGAAGUUUUUGCUCAAGUUAAUAUAACAUCUUCGUAUUCAGGUACCCUCCACGGCCCGAUGGAGGUACCCGACAUCACGUCUAAGCUUCAUCAUUCGCCAGAGAAAAUGUAUAUGACGCUAUAUGUCAAAACGAUAUCUGUUUAUACUUCCCCAGAAGCUGCUAGCUUAAGCGUAGCUCAACGUCGCUGUAGAUUCCAGCAUGAGAACAACCUGAAACACAACUCAAUAUAUACCUAUAAUAUGUGUCGCAUCGACUGCAGAAUCCGCCUCUGUCUCCAGUAUUGUCAGUGCAUUCCACACUUUUACAGGAGGAUUGACAACGAACAAAUAUGUGAUGUCAGUGGUCUACAUUGCUUACAUAAACACAGAGAUUUAAUUUCAGAUUUGAUUGACGAAAGUGGUAAGAAAGUUGAAAACUGUUCAUGUUUCCCUGUAUGUGAUGAUGUUAACUAUAUUACAGAUACAUAUGAAUUACAAUCAUGGGUCAUAGCGACAACAACCCUGCAAUGGGGUAUGGUGACAUUUCCCCGAACUAGAUACAAGCGGGAUAUUAUAUUCGGCUAUAGUGAUGUUUUGGUGGCGGUAGGAGGAAUGGCGGGCCUCUUCUUGGGCUGCAGUGUAAUAAGUUUCAUAGAAAUAUCUUACUUCUUCACUUUGAGAUUAUUUUUUUAUGCGAGGGAUAAUUUAGGCAAAUCAACCCCCUCAAUUGUUAAACACUAA